GAAGACGAGGGAAGGCAACGAAAGAGCCAAAAUGACUUCCCGCGUCUUCUAACACUGAGCUUUCCGGCGAAUUUUCCGGCAAGAAUCCGGCAAUCAAUAUCGGAACCCACUAUCUAUCUUUCUUUUCUGUGGACUUCUGGCCUUUCACUAUCAUCUCCGGCCAUAAUCUCAAGACUUAACGGGUAAAACAACUGACAAAACCAGGGAGCGGUUCUUUGUUUACUGGCUUUACCGUCGACUUUGCCGGAUUCUGAAUUUUUUUGGGCAUUGUAGAUAUUGAACCAGCAAUUCAACUGACUAUAAACCAAGUCAUUCUUCUUCUGCUUUAGCCGGAUUUACUGAACUCUCCGGUGAUAUAGUUUAACCAGAGACCCUAUUCACUUCUCCAUCAGAGACUUGAUAAUCUGACAUUUAACUAGUAACCCAACUCAAAAAGAGCCAACUUCUUCUUUGUCGCCUACGUUAUUCUGGCAUUUGGCCGGAUUUCCUGGACUUUCUGGUUGAUUUCCAGCAUCUAACUGGCAGAUGCCUAGACAAUCCUUCAUAACACUUAUCCUGUGCAAUAUUUGCAGUGUAUUUAGCCGGAUUACGGCGAGCUACAAUCCCAUCUGAAACUUUGGCUUGAACCCAACCUCUGAAAUUUCCCCUGCUGCAAUUUUCAGGCCAUUUGGCCAGAAUCCUACGAGUUUUGAGCCAUGGAUGGAGGGCAUACGGGGAAAUAAUGGCUGAUAAUCCGGGGGCUUCCCAUUACAUAGACCACCACUACCACCACCAUGUCCUUGUCUUCUGAUUGUUUAUCAGACGAUCUUCUUUGCUCAGAAGAUGCCAGCUUCGUGGGCAUCUGCGACCGGGAUUUCUCACCAGAAAUUGAUUUUCCGGCAGACUCAGUCGCCGGAUUUCUUGAAUACGAGUCCGAUUUUAUCCCCCCAAAUGAUUAUUCAGAGAGAUUCAGAGAUGGAAGUAUUGACCUCUCUGCUCGCAAAGACGCCAUAGCCUGGAUUCUCAGGGUUCAUACUUAUUAUCAGUUCAGGCCCUUAACGGCGUAUCUGGCCGUUAACUACGUGGAUCGCUUCUUAUCUUCUCACGCCUUGCCGCAAGGAAAGGGGUGGCCAUUCCAGCUCCUAUCAGUGGCUUGCUUGUCCCUUGCUGCUAAAAUGGAGGAGCCCACUGUUCCUACCCUCUUGGAUUUGCAGGUGGGUGGAGCUCGAUUCAUAUUCGAGGGUCGAACAGUGAGAAGAAUGGAGGUUUUGGUGCUGAGCAAGCUUGGGUGGAGAAUGCGUUCUGUAACACCCUUCACUUUCAUUCAUCAUUUCCUCCAAAACUUCUUCAAUUCCACCUCACCUUUCCUCUUGUCCCGAGCCACUCAGCUCGUUCUUGGCACCAUCCAUGGAACCGAAUUCAUGGAUUUCCGGCCUUCAUCGAUCGCGGCUGCUGCUGCGCUCUGUGCAGGAGAUGACCUCCCUGAAUUCCCAUCUCUCAAGAAAGCAAAACCCGGCAUCUUCUCCAUCGAUGGCUUGUGCAGAGAAAGCACAUUGAGUUGCUACCAGUUGAUGAGAGAGAUCUUAAUCAGAAGGCCGAAGCCCAUGAAAACGCCUGCGCCUCUGUUUAGAGUGAGCCCACGAAGCCCAAUUGGGGUUCUGGACCGCCAUGAAUUACCACUCUCCUCUUCCUCCUACUCAUCUUCCACUUCCAAUAAGCGUCGUAAGCUCAAUGAGUUAUGUGAUGCCAUUGCCAACGGUCCUGCUCAAGAGAGAGAAAUAUAACCUGGUGAGAGAGAGUGGAAAAAUGGUGGAAGAAAUUCUAGAGAGAGAAAGAGGAGAGAGAGAGGGUGGGGAUUUGUUAAGAGAAACCUCGGGUAAAAGGUUUGAGAUUGGAUUGUCACGAGAAUCCUCAGCAUUUUUCAGUGAAAGGAUUCUUGAGUUUGAAUACUAAUAUAUAAAUAAAUUAAUAAUAAAGGAAAAGAAAAGAGAGUGUGGGUUUUGAGAGUGAUGAAUUGGGAUUGUUUUUUGAUAUUAUUUAUUAUUAUUUGGAUUUUUUAAUUAUGAUAGUGUGCAGAUUCCCGAGGGUCAUUUUGUUUUCAAGUGAGAGAAACUGAUGUGUGUGGUGUGGGGUGACGUGGGGUCAAAACUCUGAACUCUAGAGAGAGAAACUGAGUUUAGAGAGAGAAAGUGUGUGUUUAUUAUUUUGUAUACUGAUGAUGAUGAAGAAGAUGAUGGAAAUGUUUGGAUUGGAGAGGAGUGAGGGAUUGAAUUCAAAGGCAGCAUUGAUUGAAACGGGUUGGAAUGGUGGGUCUUUCUACUGUUCUCAAAAGUGGGGUUCGGGUUUGCAGAGAGUGAAAGAUGGAGAGAGAGAAUAGGUAUUGUCAUAUGUAAAUUUUGAUACUGGAUUUUUGCUGUAAUCAUAGUGUUUCAUUGAUUGGAAUUUAUUCCAUGUCUGUGUUUUGUGUU